AUGGACUUGUCGGAACCCAACAUCGCGUCUCGCAUUGCCGCGCUUCGACAAGAAAUCGUCGUCCUUGGCAAAUACCACAACGCCAACUACGCGACGACCGUGAAGCUGCCCUCAGAAGUCCUUGUGCAGAUCUUUGCCUGCCUCGCGCAAACACCCACGCACCCCAAACCUGAAUACCCGGAGUCGACAGAGCCUCCAAGGGCUCACUACACCUGGAUCAAAGAGGUGACCCAUGUCUGCAGCACCUGGAGGUACAUUGCCCUAGCCACCCCUCUUCUCUGGACAUCAGUGUUGGUGGGUCCAAACGAAUGGGCGGAGCAGGUCCUUCAGCGCGCGCAGGGCGUUCCCCUCGAUCUCAAAUUCCCGAUGCUGGAAUUCCUCCCGAAGCCGCCGACGGCGCAGAAAGAAACAGACACCGAUCUCAUCAAAAUGGUGUUUUCGCGACCACAGAAUAUUCGAUCCGUAGAUAUUGCGUUUGACGGGCAUUUGGUCAACGAAACAAUGGAACUAAUGUCCUCCCUCCUUUCGGGGGCCCCACUACCCCACCUCGAACGGUUGAAAAUCACCAGCAGAAGCAUACAGUUUGAUAUUCUAGACGAGUUAUUCAGCCAAUCCCGCUUACGCCACCUUAGCCUCGAUACCUGCGUUGCCGACCUCAGCACCCCUCGGUUUUCCCUUCUGCGUACGCUUAGUCUCGCAUUGGAUCUUGGUAUCGCCGGAGUGUUAGAUUCACUAUCCGCAAUGCCUGAACUUGAAGUACUCUUUCUACAAGACUCCGGAUACUCGCGGAGCGCAAUCAUGGAGGAUGCACCAGAGUCUGUCAUAAUGCCUAGCUUGCAGGAGAUCACUCUCAAGUCGGAUUUUUAUGAGAUCAUGGAUCUUUUCAAAGUGCUCGUCGCGCCCGUUAUUUGCUCAGUCGUUGUUGAAACUGCCCAGAUGGACGAUAUACAGAGUGUACUGCAUGCGUACUCUUUCCUGCAGAUGUCUCAUCUCUCUCCAACUUCGGCUCCUCAAUCCUUGACAAUCGAAGAGCUCGACGAGGCAGGGGACUUCCGACUACUCCACUCAUCCCCGUCACAGGACGGCAAGGACAAGAUGAUAUCGAUAUCUGGUAUCGUAGUUGAUCUCGAUUCCCUUUGGACAAGUAUUCCAAAACAUAAUGUUCAGUCUGUUGUCCUCACCGCCAACAUGCGUGGCACCCCUGCACCCCCACCGCUUAUGCCCGCCGUCAUCGCGUCCGUCGCGCAUUUGUCAACACUACGUACGCUACAAGCCCCAUACCUCUCCUUCGCUGAGGCCUUCACGUCAAACGAAUGGCAUUCGGCAUCAGCGUUCCCAUCUCUUCAGACCCUGAAUCUGGAUUGUCGCUUCAGGAAACCAUCGAAAGCCUCACUGAAGCGGUUAAGAGGGUGGGCAAAUUGGAGGGAGGAAAGCGGCUCACUCAAGAUCCCUCAUUUCACGCUGAGAGGCUGCUUCAAGGAGCCCGCUGUGGCAGCUUUACAGUCUUCAGCCGGGGAGUUGAUAAUGAUCCAAUCGACCUGA